AUGCCUGCCAAACUCCGCGGCUCGGUCGCAAAGACCCUGUCGCGCCCGCUGGACAAUGGAUCGGUCUUUUACUGCUCGUCCUGCUCUACCUGGCGACGAACAUUGUCCACGCGUUCCCGGAAUGGCAACGCUUGUCGGCAAGAAAAUCGCAUUCCCUCAUCACCGUCAACCGUGUCAGCGAACGCUUCGCGCCGUCAGCUGGCAACAGUACCCGUAAAUAGCGCGGGGAGAAAUGUCCCAGCCCAGUAUAAGGAGCUCUAUGAAGCCUUGAAUCGCGCGAGGGAGGCUGCGCCGGAACAAGUCAACGUCAGUCGAUUACAGCUCGCGUUGCGAGGGUUGGAGUCGGAGGUUCCGCUUGUUCGCGUUGCUGUUCUCGGAUUGAAUGACGCGACUGCCGCUCGCAAACUCGUUCGCCUGCUCCUCGCCGAUCCGCUGAGCCCUCGGGAGUCCUGGGAGGAUAUCCUAGAUUCUUUCGAUGCGGAUAUGUCGCGGGGUCUGCUGAUCCGAUAUGGAGAAGUCUCUGAAACGAUCCCAAAUGACCUGCUACCUACCAUCUCCGUGCCCUCCUCGAUCUUGAAGAAGGGAAAUAUCGAAAUCUUGGUCAGCACGCUCGGUGCGGAGACGGAGUUCUCGACCUCCCGGCUCUCAGCGGAUACCUUCCUCGUACCCACCGUGACAAUCCGAACAUCGCACUCGGGCCGGCACAACGUCGUGCGAUACCCAGUUCACAGGAGUAUCGUGUGUGGUAGCGGAGCCGACGAUUUACUCGCAUACAGCGGCUUGAUUGCUCGCUCGAACCUGAAGAAAGAAGCGCGCUCCGUCCACGGCGUGAUCGAAAUCCCCGGCGCCGCGACGGAAUCGACCAGCGAUCGCAUAAGUUUUGUGGAUAUCCACCAGGCUGACGAAGCGCUGGCCAAAUUCCGUGAGUCCGUGCAAAAUGCGUCUCUGUACGAGCGCGGUUGGAGUCGGAGCGGAGUUCAGCCAGUUGUGGAUUGGCUGUCGUCGCUGCGGACGGAGGCGGGAACGUUGAACCCCUCCUUGAGGACUCUGAUAGAGGCACUGAUUGAUUCUGCGGAGACAGGUGUGGUCACUGAGGAGACCAGGAGAAUGCUAGAGCAAGAGGCAGAAUCCAUUCCUGAGGAAGUCCGGGAGCAGCUGGCUCGACUCGUAUCCGCAUGGGCGGAGAGAGCACACAUUGAGCUACGGGGUUCGCUCGAAGAAGGAUUCGCCAGCAAAGACUGGAAGGAUCUGGCGUGGUGGAAGCUAUUCUGGCGGGUGGAUGAUAUCAGCAUGGUUACCUCUGAGAUUCUGGAGAAGAAGUAUCUCUGCCGGGCGGAGAAGGAGGUGAUCUGGACGGCAGGGAAGUUUGAGCAGGCCGGCGUGCUUGAAGGAUCCCCUCUUGCGAGCGAGGACGUGGUAUCCGAGUCUGUAGAACCGGACAUGAACAGCUCUACGCCGAUGGAACCUUCACAACCGCAAGCACCUUGGCCCACUCAGAUCGCCCAGAGCCGGACAAAACUUCUGGGAACCACGGUGCCGUCUUUGCAUGCUUUGGCGCAGCGGCUUGUGCUCUUCAGUGUGUCCACGACGACGCUGACAACGGCUCUAUCAGCCUUGACGUACGUUUCCUGGCCGACUACCUCUAUCUACGAGACGGGCACCAUGGCCGCGGUGGGCUUGAUCUACUCCCUGCGAAACCAGCAAAAGAAAUGGGAUGCCGCCCGCGCAUUCUGGGAAGAGGAGGUCCGUGAGAAUGGAAGAACCGCCCUGCUGGAAACGGAACAGGAGUUACGCACAAUCACACAGCAGGGAGGCAGACACGUCGAGGAGAUCGCCAAGACCGAUGCCCGCGAGCGCAUUGGCACAGCCAGAAAAGCUCUUGACGAGCUCGAUUAA